AUUUUGGUGUGAAGACAUCAGUGGAUGCUGCAGCUCAUCAUUUCUUUGUCGAUGCAGAGGCAGGCAUAUGUUUCCCCAAAGUUAGCUUCUUGAGAGGGAGGUGCAAGAUGGAAUCUCGACCUUUUUUUAUUUUUUAGCUCCAGGCAGAAAUAUGAAACCUGGUUCAUUUCUGCCAAGUUUGUUCCCGAGCUCCAGGUUCUUAACAUUGCCCGUCUCCAUUUUGCUUUUUUAACUAAAACUCGUAUUGACCAUUUUCACAGGAAACUUGCCUAUUUGUGAAUUAUCCACAUAUAUUCUAACCCAUUGAAACAUUUGAGAUUUGUUUCUCAAAUACGCCACGAUUGUUUUAUCAUACGAAUAUGACAGGAUUAUAUCGGAGAGUGAAAUUACUCUGAACAAAUUAUUUUCUAUGUUUUAAGAAGAGAACAAAGUACUGCAAGCUUUGGUAUGGUAGAUUCGCCUUCACCGCCCAUCCAAUAUUUGUCAGGAGGCAGGCGGUCUGUAAUGUUUGGAAACUGAGGUCAACAGGUUUCUCCCGCGCAGCAUUGACCGUAUUUUUUGUCAGUUAUGUAUCUCUGUCUAGAGAAGUAAUUUCAAGACAUUGGGGAUGUGAGACAGCAUUGACUUAGUUCCAUUGAGCUUUUGAAGAAUUUUCGUUUUUUGGGGGAAAAGAUGGCGAGGUUUGGGGGAAAAAUGUCUCUUGCCCUACUUUUCCUUGGAUUUUUUAUGUUCACUUUAGCAUCUGUAAAUGCUGAACCAGAGCAAGAAGUAGAAGAAGAACGAGAGGAAAGUACAUGUCAGGGGGCUUUCGACUUGUAUUUUGUGCUAGACAAAUCUGGCAGUGUCAAAAACCACUGGAUAGAAAUAUACUCCUUUGUGGAGCAUCUAGCUGAAAAGUUUAUCAGCCCCAUGUUGAGAAUGUCCUUUAUUGUCUUCUCAUCCAGAGGAACCACUCUCAUGAAACUGACAGAAAACAGGGUGGAGAUAAGAAAAGGAUUGAAUGUGUUGAGGAAAGAGAUACCUGGGGGAGACACCUUUAUGCACCUGGGCUUGGAAAGGGCAAAUGAACAGAUACACCAUGAAAACUUUGGGACAGCAAGUGUUAUCAUCGCCUUGACUGAUGGGGAGUUGAAUGAACACCAACUCGUCACCGCACAACAGGAGGCAGAGAGAAGCCGGUCUCUAGGCGCUAUGGUGUACUGUGUCGGAGUAAAGGACUUUAACGAGACACAGCUGGCCACCAUAGCAGACACCAUCGAGCAUGUGUUUCCUGUGAUGGGCGGAUUCGUAGCCCUGCGAGGAGUGAUCGACUCGAUCAUCAAGAAGUCCUGUAUUGAGAUCCUAGCUGCAGAGCCCUCCAGUGUUUGCGCAGGAGAGAGCUUCCAGGUGGUGGUGAGAGGGAACGGUUUCCUUCACGCCAGGAAUAUAGAGCAGGUGUUGUGCAGCUUUAGACUCAAUGACACCCUCACCAUUAAUAAGAAGCCUGUGGCUAUCGAAGAUACGUUCCUGCUGUGUACAGCUCCGGUAAUAGACGAAGUUGGGCAGGUUGUUUAUCUACAAGUGAGCAUGAAUGAAGGCCUGUCGUUCAUCACUAGCUCUGUGCACAUCACCACCACAGAGUGUUUUGAUGGCACCAUCCUUCUCAUCACACUCCUGGUUCUGUUCCUGUUGAUGGCCGUGCUGUUCAUGUGGUGGUUCUGGCCCCUCUGCUGCACUGUGGUGAUCAAAGAGCCUCCUCCACCGCCUCCUCCAGAGCCAGAAUCAGAUGAUGAAGAUGGCAUGCCCAAGAAGAAGUGGCCCACCGUGGAUGCAUCCUACUAUGGAGGAAGAGGAGUCGGAGGAAUCAAAAGAAUGGAGGUGCGCUGGGGAGGGAAAGGUUCAACGGAGGAGGGGGCUAAACUGGAGAUGCCCAAGAACGCCGUUGUGAAAAUGCCAGAGCAGGAGUUUGAGCCUUACGAGCCCAAGCCCAAGAAGGCCCACAACAGGAAGCCAGCCGCGGACAGGAAGUGGUACACACCUAUACAGGGUAAACUGGAUGCCAUUUGGGCCCUGUUUCGCCGCGGUUAUGACCAGGUCUCUCUCAUGCGGCCGCAGCCAGGAGAACAUGGUCGAUGCAUCAACUUCACCCGGGUGAAAGAUGAGGCAGCGGCAGCAGCAGCGAAGGCCCCUCCUCGGGCCCAUAGCCCCCCUGCUCCGGACUAUCGUCCCCUGAUCCGCCCCACUACACCGCCGCCAGCACAGGCCAGCCCGCCCCCGCGAGCACCGCCCGUCAGCCAGCUACCCCCGGGGCCACCCCCCUCCCGCACCCCCCCAGGGCCCCCCUGCCCCCCUCCCUCACGCCCCCCACCGUGCCCCAACAACAGACCAUGAGAGCGAUUUAGGGACCCCACUCCAAUAAAGCAAUAGUCCCACUGCCAAAGAUGCUCCCUCAACCAAAAAUAAACAUAGUAUUUAUUGGAGAUGGGGUGAAAUUAGCAGGAGAUGUAAUGGUUUGUUGCUGGACAGCAAAAGAUGUAGUCAUUGGAGGAAAAAUACUGCAAUGGAUGAAAUUUGUUUAUCAACUACUGAGUAUCCCAUGAUGGUAAGUGUCAAGGUGACAGUAGAGUAGACUGGGCAUUUGUGUGGCUUUAGUCAUCACUGAGUCGAUUUACUUUCAACCACAAGGAUUGGAUUUUUUCUAGGAUGACGAACCUGCUGUCAAACCAAUCUAGAUUAGCUUUUUGCAUCUCUCUUUUGUGAAUAUUUACAUGUAGCUUUUUACAUCUCUCUUUUGUAAAUUGAAAUAUUUCAUAAGUGCAAAUUGUAUAGAGGGUCAACAAUACAUGGCACAGGCUUGAUUACGUUUUUUUCUCAUGUCCAAAUGAGUUUACACAGACCGAGAAAGCCAGUUUUAGCCCAUGUGGGUUAGUCCAUAUUCCCAUUGAGAAACCCAUUUGGUAGUGUUGCCGGAAGCCAUAGGCGUAUAAGCAUAGGUUGACACUGAGACACUUUUGAUAUGGACUGAACACGUAAAAUGUGGAUAUAUUUUUUACGUCCCCUGAAUGAGUAAAUUGAGAAUCAUAAGUAGCAUAGAAGAUGUGUGUAUCGACAAAAUCCGACAUUUUUAAACACUUUGUUGGUCAAUAUCUGAGGGUGAACCCAGGUUUACCUAAGUUAAUAUUGGUAUUUGUGCACAUUGAAUGCAGUUCAGAUAUAGCAUUAUUUUAGUUUUCAUUCUUUCGUUUGUUUAUUUUUAUCACUUUUGAAUCAUGAACCUCUCAAAUCAAACAACCAAAGUGAGGUCAUUGUCUCUCAUAAAGUUUUAACAUUCCCAAAACUGUACUUUACUUUGAUACAUUGUAUCGUUUACCUUUUGUUUUUGAUCACAAUCACAUUGCAACUGCAGGGCAGUUCACCGCGUCUCUAAUUUAUUAACCCCCAGACCUAGAGGAGGGUACUUGAAUACGACAAAGGUGUCCACUGACAAAGACGGACACUGUGCAUGUAAACAAACUAUUCACGCAACUUCAUACGACAGUGUUUCUCAACCCCAUUGGUCUAUAGUCCGGCACUAGGUCAUGGAAUAUUGCUUCCUUAGUGCAACUGUCCUUUAUCAAAAGGCUAUAGCACAUGGUGAAAUCUGAGUGAUUUUUCCAUGAACCAACACCGAUUGAAUCAAGUCCCCAAAGGAAGAAAACUAGCAUGCCAGUCCUUGGUACAGACAAAGGUUGAGGAACACUAUUAUAAACUUAUUACAUACAGUACCUUUCUGGAUUUUUCUACUUAGAUUUUUCUACUCUCUUUGUAUAAUGUACUUACAUUUGAUUAUGUUCUAUAAUACCAUUGUGUUACAAUAUUCCUUUGAUAUUUUGUAGCACUGCUGAAAGCUGUUCAGGAGGAUGAUGAUGAUGAUGAUGAUGAUGGAUGAUGAUUAAGAGGUGCAUGCAUUUAGUUUGUUUUUAUUGGUUCAAUAACACAAAUAAAGCUCGAAGGCACCCAAGUGUAAUAUACAAGUUCUGCUUUUUGACAAUGGUGAACGUCCUCCAUUUCAUUGACUGGAUUUAUGGCUUUUAUAAGAGCACCCGACUCAAGUAAUGGCAUACAAUAGUUAGAGGAGCGAGCAACAACAUUAUAUACACCUCGUUAUUAUGUAGUUUUUAUCUCUAUGCUUCAGAAUGACCAUCAGGACCUUUGUGGAGCAGUGUUCUGAGAAAAAGCUCUGAGAAGCUAAAUGUUAACCAUUGUUUUACAUGUUAACCAUUGUUUUUCAUGUAUUAAUGGGAGUACUGAAACAAAUAUGGAAAGACGUAUUCAUAGUUUCUAUGUUUCUUUUAACAGUAUUAAUAAAGGUUGACUUCCAAGCUUGUA